CCAUCUACCCAAGUGAAGCACUGGCAGCCCAACUCCCCUUCGUCCUUAGCCCCUCAGCCCCUGCGUACAAUCAACAGCACAGGCGCACAGCAUCGACUAAGCGAGCGACGGAGACCGGAGUGGCGGACGGCGACCACGGACCGAGACCACGGACGGCGACCGCGGAUGACCACCCCUUUUCCCCUUCGGACCUUUUUCAGUUCUUCUGAUUUCCGGCAUAAUCUCCGGUGCGACGGUGCAGCCGGUGCUCCCAUCUCCAGACUCCAGUUAGUCUCAAACUAUGCACUUUUCAGUCGGUUAGCGAAGGAUCAUUCCGAUUUCCCACCAAAAUGCUGAGACUGACAGUACAUACAUCUUUCAAACCUCUCUUCUAUCUCUACCCCCAGCAAAUUCGAACAUCAACCGCCGCGGCCGCCUCCACCUCCACUGCCCUAUCACAACCUCUCCACCACACUACACCAAUCAAUGAAGCCCUCAUCCUCCGAGUCUGCACGGUUCUCUACCAGCAACAAUACUCCUCCGUCGAGAAACUUCACAACAGCCUCCUGAAAACGUCCUUCGACCUCACCCAUGAGUUCUUCCUCCAGGUAUGCAACAAGUUCCCCUACUCAUGGAGACCCAUCUACAAGCUUCACGAGUUUGCGGUGACCCAGCCCGGAUUUUCACACACACCUACCACCCUCAACAAGAUGCUCGACGUCAUCGGAAAGUCGAGAAACAUCGAUCUCCUAUGGGAUUUACUCCAUGAGAUCGGGAGACGCCGUGCAGUUACCACGAAAACAUAUGUAAUCGCUUUGAAAACCCUAGCUUCAGCUAGGGAGCUGAAGAGAUGCGUUGAAAUUUUCCACAUAAUGAGCAGUUUCGGGUAUGAGUAUAAUGUGGGUGCUUUGAAUAAGGUAGUGGAGGCUCUGUGCAAAGACAAGCUUGUCCAAGAAGCUAAACAUGUGGUUAUGAAAUUGAAAGAUUCAAUACAGCCCAAUGUGAUUACUUAUAGAUGGCUAAUAUAUGGAUUUUGCGAUGUGGGGGAUACAAUUGAAGCCUCCAAGAUCUGGAAUUUAAUGAUUGACUCAGGUUUCGAGGCUGAUAUUGAGUCGGUUGAGACGAUGAUGGAUAGGCUAUUCAAGAACAACGAAUAUGGUCAGGCAUUGAAGCUUUUACAAUCCAUGAGAACAAGCAGAAUGGACGAUUUGGGGUUGCCUACGUAUAGGCUUGUGAUCAAUUGGCUGUGCAAGAAGGGAAAGAUCGGGGAGAGCUAUGUAGUGUUUGAGGAAAUGUGCAAGAGAGGGAUUAAACCAGACCAUUCAACAUUAGCAUCAAUAAUUUAUGGGCUUCUUUGCAAACGAAGGGUGAGGGAGGCCUAUGGGGUGCUGGGUGGAAUUAAGAAGCCGGAUGUAAUGGUGUUCCACGGUAUGAUCAAAGGGCUCUUGAGGUUGAAAAGGCCAAGGGAGGCAACGCAAGUGUUUAGGGAGAUGAUCGGUAGAGGUUGUGAACCGACCAUGCAUACUUAUAUAAUGUUGUUGCAGGGGCACUUGGGGAGGAGAGGGAGGAAAGAGCGAGAUCCAUUGGUGAACUUUGACACCAUUUUUGUGGGAGGCCUGGUGAAGGCGGGGAAGAUGUUAGAGGCAACUAAAUACGCAGAGAGAUUGGCUUUCCGGAAGAUUGAGGUGCCAAGGUUUGAUUACAACAAGUUUUUGCAUUGCUUUUCGAACGAGGAAGGGGAGGUUAUGUUUGAGGUGAUGGCCAGGAAACUGAGAGAGGUUGGUUCCUUUGAUUUGGCCGAUAUAUUUCAAAGGUAUGGUGAGAAAAUGACAACUAGGGACAAGAGAAGAAUCAGACAUGUUGUCUAAUUAGCUGAGUUAGAAGACUGUGAAGCAAUCAUCUGAGCAUAUGCAUGUACAUACUAAAACAGAGAUUGAGACAUGAGGUAUUAUAUAUAUGAUUCGUUUUUCAGAUUGAAAAAGGAAUGCAAGUAAAUAGUCUUGCGAGAAACCACACAAUAAAACCCUCAUAGUAUCAUACAUAGCAGAGAAAUAAAAUCAUAGUAGCAAAUAGCCAAAAAGUAAAUGAAUAUUGAAUUUAUUUUACAAAAUUACCUCAACAUUACCUCGAGAGAUAUGCUUUAAUUUUAGUUUACGAAUAUUUAGCUAUUUAAAACUUAAAUUUAACAAUUUAGACCAUUUCCGGCUAACCAAACAAGCCUCAGUUAUUUCACUUCAUUGGUGUUUUCUGUUAGUCAUGUUAUUUGAUUUACUACCUGUGGAGUAGUAGUCUGUUCCAGUGUUCCUUAAGGUUUGUCAGGCUGGAAUAUGGCAAGACGUUUGUGAUAACCCAAGAAUUCAUGUUGCAAUUAAUUAAAUAUAAUUAAUUUAAUUUAAUUGUAACUUUGAAUUCUUGGAGUAUCACAUUCUCCCCACUUAAAGGACGCUUCAUCGCUGAAACUCAAACCAAACCAAACUAAGAUCAUAAGUAAUUAUCUUGCUGAAAGAGUUCCGGAUAGCGCUCAUGCAUAUCGGCCUCAGUUUGUCAUGUCACGUUCUCAGCUAAGUUGUUCGACCACAUCACCUUUACCAUUUUCACACUUUUCUUCCUAGUCUCUCUUAUCUUAGUAUCAAGGAUUUUCACCGACUUUUCUUCAUAAGAUAACGUCUCAUCCAACUCAAUCACCUACACCUCCAUACUCAUCACUUAUAGCUAAGUCUAAUUUGAAAUGUUAUGAGUUCUAAGGUUAGGAGUUUACCUCCGGUUUAAGAUAGGAGUUUACCUCCGGUUUAAGAAUAUGAGAAGCAUCAUGCAUGUAUUUCUUCAGUUGCGAGACAUGGAAAACAUUAUUAUGAUGUACCUAAUACGAAGGAAAAUUUUCAUUCAGAUCCUAACGUCGAAUCUAAGAAUGAAUAUGAAAGAUAAUUUCGUACCGUAUCCAAUUCGGUUGGUAAGAGUAAAUGAUAAGCCAAGUUCCCACUCGUUCAAGGAUUUCGUAUCAUCCUAUAAACUUGGGGCUUAGCUUGCCCUUAUUCGCGAAUCUCAUUAUUUUCGCAUUCUUUUAAAUUUGAAGUUUGAGAACUGGGACAACUAAAUUGUUUUGGAUUUAAUUACUUAAAUACUUGGGUUUAUUUUGAAUUGUGGUUUAGCCUGCGGUUAUGUGAGAACCAAGUGUGGCAAUAACACCCAUAGAAAGUUUGAUUUCCGCUGCAAUAUAAAUUAUUUUGAAUUUAAUCAUUUGGGGAAUGUUCUACUAAACUACUAUUUAUAGUAUGUAUUUUUUGUAAGAAUUUUGGGGGUGUUACAAUCCUAUAUAGUAUAGAAGUGUGUCUAGUUCGGGUGGCUGCCAGUUCUUAGAGAACAUCGCAGGUUUCUGGGACGACUCACUGAUGAAAGGAAAUUGAGAAAGACAUUUUGAACCAAAGGCAAUCAGCUACUGAACAAUGCUGCUUGUCUGUAGUAUCCCUUUUAAGCAUUCCUUUUCCACACAAUUCAGCCCUGGGACUUUGAGAAGCUGAUUCAAGUUUGCCAUACUUUUGCUCUGAUUUGGUUUAGCUGCCACCAUACAUACUUCUUUCUCUUAGUGGACAAUGUUAUGAGGAAGUCAUCAAAACUUCAAAUAUCUCAUGGGGAUCAGGUACCUCAAGAACAGCAAAAGACAUUGGGCAAGUUUCUCUUGGUUCUGCUAAAUAAAAAGAUCUGUUUUUUAGUGAGAACUAUGUGACAUGCAUCAAUGUUACUGAGGUUUUUGCAUUGGGCAUUACGGAAGGUGAAGAGAAUGAAUUUCUGAUUGACAUUGUAAUAGAAACUGUUUGGCUCUUCCUCUUGUUAAGUGGAACAGAUGUUUUUUGGUUUGCCAAUCUUAUUAUCACAGCACAGUAGGUACUCUGAUCUCUUUGGGAGUUUGACAAAGAGGUCAGCAAUUCAUUAAACUUGUAUCCCAAAACAAUUACGUAGUAUUUUAUUAGCCUCUAAUUUGUGAUUCCUUGUAUGUUCCCACCUCUGUUGUGUAAUUGAGGGCUGAUAAUGUUGGAGGAAGAGAAGAUUUCAUCUUGUUAAGAAUCUUUCAUGUUUGAUAAUGUUGAAAACUCUACACACAGAGUUGAAGAAAUAAAUUCCUUGAAUGAUUGAAUCAUACAUUUUUUGCAUUUUUCAUUUUGGAUUUCUCCCUGUACCUUGUUCGGUUUUCAUUGUAGACAGUUUCCUCUAGUAGAAAGUGAAAGUGAAACUUUAGAGGAUGUGAACUUGAGUAAAACCUAAGAUUCAAUAUUGCCUUUGUAUAUAACAUCUCCAUGCAUUAUUUUAUUUGUUGCUUCUAAUUUCAGUGAAAUAUAUUGCCUAGUUUGCUUUAAUAUCUUUUGAUGAAUUUUGCUCGAAUCUGGAGGAAUAAAAAAGAUAAUGUGUGAUAGAUCCCUUUGUAAGUAACUAUAAUUUCCUUAUGAUUUAGUGUGAUCAUGUAAAACAGGCAGGCCCGCCCGCUUUGGCUUCCAGUCAUGAAGCAUUAAUAUCAGUUGGAGUUGAGAAUGUUGGCGAGGCUGGAGCUGGGUGUGGCUGGCCAGAUGAUUCAUUGGCCCUGGAGUAGCCAGAGAGAGGGAGAAGACUCCUUUGCUUUUGUCUUUUUCUUUUUCUUUUAUUUCAUUUUAGUUGAACACGCUAUUCUUCAUUCACUCAGUGACAAGUGUUUAUGGCUGAUUUAGAUAGCGUGAGACCGUUUUGGUCAUUGAAAUUGAUCUUUUAUAAGAAAUGUAAGUUUAAAUAAUUGGCAUCCGAGCUAAUUUUACUCAAAUGAGUGAUCAAUCCGACUAAGGCUUAGCCGCGAGC